CUUCCUGCAAGUUUGUGGCUUUGGCAACAACAGCGAGAGGAAGCAAACUCAUAAUCAGAACUACCAGCUUCAUUUAGUUCAGAGCAAGUACAAUUUUCACUCCCUUUUCAGCGGCAGUACGUGAAAUAAAUAACAAGUAAGAGAGUAACUUUGGUCAUGUGGUUCCUCUUGUUCACUCUCUUGCUGCUGGAUAGAGAAGCAGUUUUGUCCCAGGAAUGCACCAAAACAAAUGUGAAAAAUUGCAAUGACUGUAUGGUUUCGGGCCCUAAUUGUGCCUGGUGCAAACAAAAGAACUUCACAAAACAUGGAGAGCCAGAUUCGACUCGCUGUGAUACUGAACAGCAGCUUCUCAACAGGGGCUGUAAAAAAGGAAAUAUAAUUGACUAUAACAGUGUAUUUGCCAUAAUACAGAACAACCCUAUUACACAAGGUGAAACGCCUACACAGCUGGCACCACAGAGAAUCCGACUGAACCUCAGACCUGGAAAACCAUCAACUUUUACAGUGUACUUUAAGCGUGCAGAAGGCUACCCUGUGGAUCUUUACUAUCUUAUGGAUCUUUCCUACUCAAUGAAAGAUGAUUUGCUUAACGUGAAAACAUUGGGAUCAAAAAUCCUGGAUGCUCUCAACAGUAUCACCAAAAAUUCACGCAUUGGUUUUGGGUCUUUUGUGGACAAAACUGUUUUGCCAUACACAAAUACUCACCCAGACAAGCUGAAAAAGCCGUGUCCAGAAUCAGAAACAUUUUGUCAGCCAGCUUUUGGAUAUCAGCAUGUACUUGAUUUGACAGAUAACGAGGAAAAUUUUAAGAAUGAAGUUUCAAGACAGGCCAUUUCAGGAAACCUUGAUGCACCAGAAGGUGGCUUAGAUGCCAUCAUGCAGGCUACAGUCUGUGAAAAAGACAUUGGGUGGAGAAACAACACCCGCUUGUUGGUCUAUGCUUCAGAUGAUGGCUUCCAUUUUGCAGGAGAUGGGAAACUGGCAGCAAUUCUUACACCUAAUGAUGGCCAGUGUCAUAUGGUAAAUAAACGCUACUCCAAAAGUAAUGAAAUGGACUAUCCUUCUGUGGGACAAGUGGCACAAAAACUUCAACAGAAUAAUAUCCAACCAAUUUUUGCUGUUACAGAGAACAUGUAUCCUGUAUAUGAGGAACUUAGUCAGAUGAUCCCGAAGUCGGCAGUUGGCAAGCUGUCAAAUGACUCUAGUAAUGUUGUAACACUCAUAAAAGAUGCCUACAAUGACCUCUCAUCAACUGUUAUUCUAGAGCACAGAUCCCUUCCAGAAGGACUUAAAAUUUCAUACAAUUCAAAAUGCUCUGGAGGAGGAACAAAUGAAGACAAAGGAAGAUGCACAAAUGUUAAAAUCAACAAGGAGAUUUCUUUCGAUGUAACUGUGACUGCGGAAAAGUGCAUUAGUGAGCAAAGCUUUGAAAUCAGUGUAUUGGGCUUCACAGAAAAAAUUAUUGUGGAAACACAACCCCGUUGUACAUGCAAUUGUGAUGAGGUGCACGAUCCCACAGACUGCAGCGGGAGCGGAAAGAUUACUUGUGGAAUCUGUAGCUGUAAAGAAGGAUUUGUAGGCCAGAACUGUGAAUGCCGACUCGGGGAGAAGAGUGAAAAAGAUUUGGUCAGACUGUGCCAGCGAGACAACAGUAGUAUCAUCUGCUCAGGUCUGGGUGAUUGCGUUUGUGGCUUCUGUCAGUGUCACAGUGGAGAUACAGAAGGAAAAAAGAUCUAUGGCAAGUACUGUGAAUGUGACAACAAGAACUGUGAACUGAACAAUGGACAAAUCUGUGGAGGAAAAGGACAGUGUGACUGUGGAAAAUGUCAUUGUCUGGAGGGCUAUGAAGGCAGUGCAUGUCAAUGUAAAAAGUCUGAGGAGGGCUGCAGAAACAGCAGAAACUCUGUGUGUAGCGGGAGGGGAACCUGUGAGUGCAACACGUGUAAAUGCAAAGAUGGUUAUCAGCAGCCUUUCUGUGAGGAGUGCCCUGCCUGCCAGCUCCCUUGUGUGGAAUAUGCGCAAUGUGCCGAAUGUCAUCUACAGGAAAAUGGAAAUCCAGAGGACUGUAAGUCAAAGUGCUUGAUGAGCUCUGCAAUUGUAACCGAAAGGCUGGUUAGUGCAGAAUGCAAACACAAGGACUCUAAAGGCUGCAUGAUAUUCUUUAACAUGAGGCAACUGGAUGGAGACAAUAUCUAUUACAUUGAAGUCAGCAGACACAAAGAAUGUGUUGAACCUCCAAGCAUUUCUGCCAUUGUUGGAGGAACAGUAGCUGGAGUAGCACUGAUUGGCUUGCUUCUUCUUCUUCUAUGGAAGGCAGUCACUCAUUACCAAGACCUUAAGGAGUUCCGCAAAUUUGAAAAAGAGAAGCAAAAAGCCAAGUGGAACAAUGCAGAUAAUCCACUUUUCACAAGUGCAACUACUACUGUAAUGAAUCCUCGAUUCACUGGAGAUGGAAAGUAGACUGAAGACGUGCAGGAUUGGUAGCUGAAAUCAUGUUAAAUUUAAUAUUUGCUAUUCUUAUGAGUAUUAUUAAUUCAGAUGUAUAUGACUGUUACUUACCUGUGUUAAUUUGUUAAAGGCCUUUAGGAGUAUUUGUUUUACAUUACCAUUUCAGUUUUUAAAAAUUCAUCAUUUAAACCUGGUUGGACUCUGUCCCUGCUGUCAAAUUCAAUAUGGAAAGAAUGAUGGCUUUGCUUCCCUCUGAACUCAUUUGCACAAAAGGCCUGGUAGGUUUUAAUUUAUUUUAUGAGGCCCUCUAGUGUACACAUUUGGAACUGCACUGAAAACCUGCAAAAUAUUUACUUGGAAAUGAUUUUAUGGUCCAUCUUUACGUGAACUUUCUUACGUUUUUGCUAAACAGAUUAAAUUACACAUUGUGUGCUCAGAGAUAUUUUAAUAUGCUGCAGAAUCUUUUUUUCUGAUUUUUGCUAGAAACAUUACAGAGAUUUUGUUUACUUCUUGUAAAGGGGGUGAUCACAUUGCAAAGAUCAUAAUUGUGCAGCCUGUUGCUUGAUGGUAUUUUACAAAUUAACCUGCUUUACUCCUCUGCGAGAAGACCACCUUUGCUUGUGACUUUCCCCAAAUGCGCUCUGCUCCUUCUGUCUUCUGUUCCCCACCGUUAAUUUGUUAGUGUAUAAACCAAGACUGAAUGGUAGACGUUUCAGAAUGCAAUUUACAGGUAAAAAAUGAAAAGAAACUUCAAAGCAGAGCCCAUCUUUACACACAAAAAAAAAACAUGAUUGUUGCGCUAAGAAAAAUGCAUUUUCCGCAAUGUGAUUGCACUUUGAAAAUGUAGCAAAACUUUAACACAAAUGUAAAUUGUGUUAAGAAUGGUCUAAAUCAGGGCCGUCUUAACGUGUAGGCACAAUGGGCACUGGCCGGGGGUCCACGAUAUUUCUAAUGCCUAUGUAUGUUUCUGUUUUGCUUUCAAAACUGGAGCCCCAGUGCAAUACUUCAUCCAUGGGGCCUAUGAUGCUAUUAAGAUGGCCUUGGAAAUAAGUUUGUUCUAUAGCUUCAGUAUUCAUGUGUAACAUGACUUGUCACAUUUUCUGCAUACUUUUUAUGGACAAAUCUGGUUUAUAAAUAAUAUGUUAUAGUAAACCAGUGCAGCCUUUAGGGUAACAAAGCUCCAACAUCUUUACAAUAAUCCAGUCACCCACCAUCAGAAUGAAGGCUUUCGACAUAAAUGGAGUGCUUGGUGAUGGCGAUGUGCCCGCUGUCACUUUAUGUCUAAGAGGCUGCACCUUACUGUUAUUGAGGUGUAAAAUGGAAUGCAAAAAAAAUUCAAAUUAUAAAAAGAGAGGCCAUUCAUUUAGGUUCAAAGACUACACUGUCUAAGAAGGGAUGUCUUUGCAACUGAUAGAUAGAUAGAUAGAUAGAUAGAUAGAUAGAUAGAUAGAUAGAUAGAUAGAUAGAUAGAUAGAUAGAUAGAUAGAUAGAUAGAUAGAUAGAUAGAUAGAUAGAUAGAUAGAUAGAUAGAUAGAUAGAUAGAUAGAUAGAUAGAUACUUUAUUAAUCCCAAUGGGAAAUUCACAUUCUUUAAAUGAAAAUGGUAGAAACGUCAAGCAGUUUUCUUCUUCUAGCUGCAACUGCUUUUGCCAUCAUGGACAGGACUGAGGCAUAAAGUUGAACAAACCCUGGGUGGCUCAUCCACCCAUCACAGUGGGGGACGCUCAUGUAUACACUCACGUGAUGAACUAAAUUCAUCCCUUAACUGAAUCUUUGGCAUGUGGGAGAAAUCCAGAAGGACCAUCGAAAAUUCACCCAAAGACCUGGAGAAUCACACAUAGACCGUGAAGCGGCUGUGAUUUAAACCGAGCGUUAACAUCGGAAUGAUUGUGUCAUAUUUACAAUAUAUUAGUCUGAAUGCACAUUCAUUCACUGCCACAUACAUAAAGGCAAGUUACGGUACAUACAUUUCUUGGAAGUAAGUUAUGAAAAGUAAAUGCACAUAUUUUUAUGACAUUUUAAUAACUCAGCUAUAUUUGAAUACAAUUUACACUCUAUUGCAACACUGGUAUUUUCUUAAUCGGUAUUUGUGAAAUAAUUUUGUAAAGUUAUGUGUUUUUAUCUGUAAUAUUUAAAUAAUUUACAUAACAAAUUUAACAAUUUCUUAUCUUUUCUAUUCAAAAUAUUGGUUUGGAUGAGUUGUUAAAUAGUUUUAUAAGAGUAAUUUAAGAAAAUUAAAUAAUAGUAUUCAUUCUUUUUAUAGCCCAACCAACUCUGAAUGUGAAAAUGCCUUGAACAAGUUAAUAAAAAUAAUUCUCACCAAAGAAAUA